GGCGGACGCCACCUGGUGAGAAGCAGGUAGCCAGGACCCUCACCACGGUAGAAUGGGUGAGGAGGGGCCCCCCAGCCUGGAGUACAUCCAAGCCAAGGAUCUGUUCCCCCCCAAGGAACUAGUGAAAGAGGAGGAGAAUCUGCAGGUGCCCUUCACAGUGCUGCAGGGUGAGGGAGUGGAGUUCCUGGGCCGCGCAGCCGAUGCCCUCAUUGCCAUCUCCAACUACCGGCUGCAUAUCAAGUUCAAGGAUUCUGUUAUCAACGUCCCCCUCCGGAUGAUUGACAGCGUGGAGAGCCGUGAUAUGUUCCAGUUGCACAUCGCCUGCAAGGACUCCAAAGUGGUGAGGUGCCACUUCUCCACUUUCAAGCAGUGCCAAGAGUGGCUCUCGCGGCUAAGUCGGGCCACGGCGAGACCUGCGAAGCCUGAGGACCUGUUUGCCUUUGCCUACCAUGCCUGGUGCCUGGGGCUGACUGAGGAGGACCAGCACACCCACCUGUGUCAGCCAGGUGAGCACAUACGAUGUUGGCAGGAGGCCGAGCUUGCGAGGAUGGGCUUUGACCUGCAGAACGUCUGGAGAGUCUCGCAUAUCAACAGCAACUACAAAUUAUGCCCCAGUUACCCCCAGAAGCUGCUGGUUCCCGUGUGGAUCACAGAUAAAGAGCUGCAGAAUGUGGCUUCCUUCCGCUCCUGGAAGCGGGUCCCUGUGGUUGUGUAUAGACACCUACGCAACGGGGCUGCCAUCGCCCGCUGCAGCCAGCCCGAGAUCAGCUGGUGGGGCUGGCGCAAUGCCGAUGAUGAGUACUUAGUCACGUCCAUUGCUAAAGCCUGUGCCCUGGACCCAGGGACAAGGACCACUGGGGGCUCUGUCAGCACCGGGAAUAGUGAUGCUGGCGAGGCAUGUGACGCUGACUUCGAUUCCUCCCUGACUGCAUGCUCUGGAGUGGAGAGCACAGCUGCCCCCCAGAAGCUGCUGAUUCUGGAUGCCCGAUCCUACACGGCGGCGGUGGCCAACCGGGCCAAGGGUGGAGGUUGUGAAUGUGAAGAGUACUACCCCAACUGUGAGGUCGUAUUCAUGGGAAUGGCCAACAUCCAUGCCAUCCGGAACAGCUUCCAGUACCUCCGCGCUGUGUGUAGCCAGAUGCCCGAUCCCAGCAACUGGUUGUCGGCUCUGGAGAGCACCAAAUGGCUGCAGCACCUGUCGGUGAUGCUGAAAGCAGCUGCGCUCGUGGCUAACACCGUAGACCGGGAGGGCCGGCCUGUGCUGGUGCACUGCUCAGAUGGCUGGGACCGGACGCCGCAGAUCGUAGCCCUGGCCAAAAUACUACUGGACCCGUAUUACAGGACGUUGGAGGGUUUCCAAGUGUUAGUAGAAUCUGACUGGCUGGAUUUUGGGCACAAGUUUGGAGACCGCUGCGGCCACCAGGAGGACGCAGAGGACCAGAACGAGCAGUGCCCUGUGUUCCUCCAGUGGCUUGAUUCUGUUCACCAGUUGCUCAAGCAGUUUCCCUGCCUGUUUGAGUUUAAUGAAGCGUUCCUGGUGAAGCUGGUGCAGCACACAUACUCCUGUCUCUACGGCACGUUCCUGGCCAACAACCCCUGUGAGCGAGAGAAGCGCAACAUCUACAAGCGGACCUGCUCCGUGUGGGCCCUUCUGCGAGCUGGCAACAAGAACUUCCACAACUUCCUGUACACAUCAGGCUCAGAGAUGGUCCUGCACCCCGUGUGUCACGUCCGGGCGCUGCACCUCUGGACAGCUGUUUACCUGCCAGCGUCACCGCCAUGCACACUCGGGGAGGAGAGCACGGGCCUCUACCUUUCCCCGGUGGCUCAGCGCCAGGAGCCCUCUGGCCGCUCUCUGGACAGAUUACCUAAAACGAGAUCUAUGGAUGAUCUUCUUUCUGCCUGUGACACAAGCAGCCCCCUGACGCGCACAUCCAGUGACCCCAACCUGAAUAACCGCUGUCAGGAGGCCAGAGCAGGCCUGGAGCCCUGGCAUGGCAAUCCUGAGGGAUCAGAGGCAACCUUCGUGGAAUCUGGGCUAGGAGGUCUUCAGCAGACUGUAGGAGAAAUGGCUCUUCCUCCGUCUCUGCCCAGCAGCCAGAAAGACUACUUGAGCAAUAAACCUUUCAAGAGUCACAGAGGCUCUUCUCCAAGUUACAGGCUGCUUAAUGCUGCAGUGCCCCAGGAAACGAAGAGCAGCACCUCUGAUCCUGAGUUCAAAGUCCUAGAAGAGACUAAGGCACCAGCUCCAGACCCUCCUGCCCAGGAUGAGCUGGGUAGGACUUUAGAUGGCACAGAGGAGCCUCCUGAACAUUGUCCUGAAAAAGCAGCUGUCCGAGCGCUCCCUAAAGUUGUUUCCAACAAGCGUGAUGGAAUUUGUGAUUUUCCUGAGUCUCCCCAGGACUCCCUCACAGGUGCCCCCGAGCAGGCCCAGCUAGACUCUGUGCUAGGUGUGCCCUCCAGAGGGGCUGCAGCUCAUGGUCUGGGCACCCUUUGCAACGCACUGAGUGCUACCUGCCAAAUUCCUCCAAACCCAAGCACUGACUUUCUCAACCAAGACCCCCCAGGGUCUGUGGCAAGUGUCUCCCACCAGGGACAGCCCGGUUCUGUGCCAGAUCCGAUUCAGGGGGAAGAAGACGUGGGCAAAAGAGGGAAUAAUAGGAAUGGGCAGUUAUUGGAAAACCCUCGCUUUGGAAAGGUGCCAUUGGAAUUGGCCCGAAAGCCGAUUUCUCAGAGCCAGAUCAGUGAGUUCUCUUUCUUAGGGUCCAACUGGGACAGCUUCCAAGGGAUGGUGACUUCACUCCCGAGUGGGGAGACCACCCCCCGGCGGCUGCUUUCCUAUGGCUGUUGUAGCAAGAGGUCGAGCAGUAAGCAGAUGCGGGCAACAGGGUACUGCUUUGGGGGACAGUGGGCUCAGAGAGAAGGGGUGAGGUCACCGGUCUUUUCUACUCAUUCCAAUGGACAUUGUACUGGUCCAGGAGGAAAAAACAACCAGAUGUGGUUGUCUGGUCACCCAAAGCAGGUCUCCAGCACGAAGCCUGUUCCCUUAAGCUGCCCUUCUCCAGUGCCUCCUCUCUACCUGGAUGACGAUGGACUCCCCUUUCCCACGGAUGUGAUCCAGCAUAGAUUACGGCAGAUUGAAGCAGGGUACAAGCAAGAGGUGGAACAGCUACGUCGACAGGUGCGUGAACUUCAGAUGAGGCUGGAUAUCCGCCACUGCUGCGCCCCUCCAGCAGAGCCCCCCAUGGACUACGAGGAUGAUUUUACGUGUUUGAAGGAGUCAGAUGGUAGUGAUACAGAAGAUUUUGGUUCUGAUCACAGUGAAGACUGCCUUUCAGAAGCAAGCUGGGAACCUGUUGAUAAGAAAGAGACUGAGGUGACUCGCUGGGUUCCAGACCAUAUGGCAUCACAUUGCUAUAAUUGUGACUGUGAAUUCUGGUUGGCCAAACGCAGACACCAUUGUAGAAAUUGUGGGAAUGUAUUUUGUGCUGGCUGCUGCCACCUGAAGUUGCCCAUUCCUGAUCAACAACUCUAUGAUCCAGUUCUCGUCUGUAACUCAUGUUACGAACAUAUCCAAGUAUCUCGGGCCAGGGAACUCAUGAGCCAACAUCUGAAGAAACCCAUUGCUACAGCUUCCAGUUGAAUGCC